AUGGGUCUUGUGCCAAAGCUGUGGGGGCAUGGCGAAUGUCAGUGUGUUGGGGCAGCUGGAUCCGUAGGAGGAGUUGCCUGUCUUUGGAACCCUCUAAGGCUUCACCUUGUCUGGUGGGCCAUGUCCAGAUCCUCAACAUCCGAGGUUCUUUCUAGCCUCGAGAUUGGGGAGGUCGUUUUGUUUUCAAAUAUCUAUGCUCCCAUUGAUCUUCCAUGUAAGCAUAACUUAUGGUCUCAUGUGGCUGGUAUGCGAAGGUUGGCCCCUUUCCAUCCUUGGAUUAUGGCAGCAGAUUUCAAUGCCAUUCUGGAGUUGAGUGAGAAGAAGGGGGGUGUCGUGCGGUUGGAACCGUCUUCAGUCCUCUUCCAAGAUAGUAUCUCCCGGCUGCAGCUAGUUGACAUCAAGCCUAGCAAUGGCGUGUUCACUUGGAACAAUAGGAGGGUUGGUGAGAAUUGGAUCGCUGAGUGGUUGGAUCGCUUUCUGUGGAACCGGCAAGGGUUUGGGAACAUCUUUCGUGAGAAGAAAGCUGCCCAAAUUGUGUUGAGUGAGAUCACCAGGGAAAUCAGAGAGCAUGGGUUGUCGAAGGAUUUUCUCAGAGAAGAAGACAAGGCUGUCAAGGUGGUUGAGGAAUGGGAGACUAGGGAAGAAGUUUAUUGGAAGCAGAGAGCCCGCAUUGAUUGGCUGAAGGAGGGGGACAAGAAUAUGACUUUCUUCUUCAACUCGGUGAAAGCAAGGAGACACGAAAAUUCCAUUCCUAUUCUGGUUAAUGAUAGAGGUGAGCAGUGCUUAUCCUUGGAAGAGAUGUCUAGGGAGGCUCUUCAGUUUUUCCAGUCCCUCUUUAAGGAAGAAUCUCAGGGGGAAACAGAGGAGGAGAAUUUGGUUCUUGCCUGCAUCCAUUCUCUUGUCUCGAGGGAGAUGAAUGAGCAACUUCUGGGGCCUAUCUUGAUGGAAGAACUUGAGAGGAUUGUCUUCCAUAUGAGGAAAGGGAAGGCUCUUGGACCGGAUGGGUUCCUGAUUGAGUUCUUUCAAGAGUUCUGA